AUGCCGAAUUCGUUUCCUAUUGAGCGCCGGGACCAGAAGUCCAUCAUCGCCGUCGGUGUUAUGUUCAGCAUCCUCGCUGCUGUGGCUGUUGGGAUGCGGCUGGUGUCGAGGAGGAUUAUCUGCCGGGCGCUUGACUGGAGUGAUUAUCUGAUAAUAGCAGCAUGUAUAACGGUAAUAUCAUAUUGGGCCACGGCAUUGGCAGGGGGCCUCUACAAAGUGUCGAUACUUCUCUUCUAUAUCGAGGUCUUCCCGACCCUGAAGCGCUGGGGUCGGGUCAUCAUGGCCGUGAUCUUCUGCUACACGCUCAGCACGGCGUUGGCGGCGGUGCUGGUCUGCGAGGAUGUGGAUGAUAACUGGGACUACGAGAACCUUUACCAGGGGAAAUGCGGGGACCGGAUGCUCGUCUUCCGUGUAACCGGGGCCCUCAACAUCGUCUCGGAUGUCAUUGUGCUGCUGCUGCCUGUCCGAAAUGUUCUCAGGCUGCAGCUGCCACUAUAUCGCAGGCUAGUCCUUCUGGCCACUUUCGCCCUUGGUCUCUUCACCUGUGUAAUCAGUAUUAUCCGACUAGGAACGCUCUCCAGCCUCAGCUCCGGCGACUUUCGAGAUACGCCCUACGCAAUCAUGCAGACAGUCAUAUGGAGCGGACUGGAGCCAAGCGUCGCCGUUAUCCUGGCCUGCGUCCCGCUGAUGCGGCCUCUCGUCCUCCGCAUCCGCGGCGUGGUAGGCUCGUCCGAGGACCGAACCAAGUCUGUGUCGGGUAAUGGGCAGUCUCUCGGCAUGAGCACGGCUCCGCGGGCGCUGGCGUACAACCAGAUCCGCGACAGCAUUGCCAUACCAACCCCUACGGCCAAGGAACAAUUGUGCAUUCAGGACAUGGUAAAUAGUUGGAUCGGUGUGACGACUUCCAAUAUGAUAUUCACGAUGUACAUGGUUUGCAAGUCUACGCACAAUGUCACGUAA